UUCUGUUCGCUCUCCUGUGUGAUCAUGGCUGCACCGCACCACACCAGCCAUGUUUGCUAAUUUAAAACCCAAAGGUUAGGGAAGAGUUGUUUAUUAUUUAUCGCGUGUCAUCGCUGCUCCGAUUUCUAUCAAGGCGAAGGCUGUGGAGACACCUGUGCCUUCCAAGAUAAGCGGAAUGAAAGAUGGAGGCGAAUAAUCAUUUCAACUAUGGCACCCAUUCCUCAGCAAACUCAGGACUGAAACUCUCCUCAGGGGAUUCUCUUUAUACUAAUGGGUCCUCCAUGAGUUUUCCUCAGCAAGGCAAGAAUAUGAAUGGCGAAAUGAAUGUGAAUGGCGUCACUACUGUACACGGGUCUGGUGCACCUGGUUCUCAACCACCUUCCGGUCCUUACCCGCAUAUCAGCAGCCACCACCAGGGCAAUGUGGGCUACCUAUGGGGGGGACAGCCUCAGUACAGUCUAACCUUGGCCCCUUCUACUGGCCAUGGCUUGCACCAAAAGCAGCCUGCACCAGGGAUGAUGCAGCCUCUGUCACAACAUCACUUCCAGGCUCAUGGACAGUACCAACUCAAUGGGGAUAUGGCACGACCGCAGCAGCCCCCUGCGGCAGGCCCAUCAAACAUGCCCCCUACUGGCAGCCAGUUUUGGAACAGGAGUAGCCCGGGUCCACAAACUGCCAGUUUCACGUCCCGCAGUAUGUAUGGUACCUUUCAGAGCCCGUCACAUUCUGGAAUUUCUCCAUCACCACUCCACCAGCAGCAAGUAUCCCCUCCGUCACAACAGCACCUCCAUUCCCACCAGCGGCCACCCCACCUCCUCCCGCAGCACCAGCAACCGCAGCACUACGGUGUCAUGCCAAAUGGGAUGCCCUACUACCAGCAGACACAUACAUCUCUGCCAUCACCUCAGCAUCCAAAGCAGUUGACGCCUCAAGGUCAGAUUAUACUCCCGGUGGCCCAGAAUUUUACGCCCCCACGUGACACAGAGGGAGCACCCUCAGGAGCGGUGACAUCCUCAUCGACUGUGCAGGACGGCGGCUCUCUCAGGAGCGGGGAGAAGACACCCCAUCCUAGCAACGUGUCUUCUUCCAUGCAAGGGCAUACGAUGGACGAAAACGAGGCAAACGCAUCCCACAUUUGCACGGAGGAGACAGCUGUUGCUCAAAGGGCACCCAGCUCUUCUUCGGCUUACAUUAGACAUACAAGUGAUCAUCAUAGUUCUGAAAAGCCAACGGCUCAGCAGCCAGAAGUUGUCAGAGGGCCUGCAGCAAGCACACCUCCUCGGACAACGCACCCAGCGUCUUUAUCUUCCUCAAAGUCUUCUCAAAAUAAGGUUUUAACACCUUCUCAAGUGUCUCGAGCUCCAGCUGUUGACUCUCCUACGGCUUCCCCCGUGUCCACUAUUGGUGUGUACCCUGAUGUUAAAUCUACCCCACCCCAAUCAUCAUCAGUUCCUCCUCCCAUGCAUUCCUCACCCCCAAUGGGGCAUGACCUGAAGUCUCUUGCGUCGGCUGCGACAGAGAUGAUGCUUCCUGGAUCUAAACAUCUGCUGGUGGGGUCCUCUUCCUCCUUGCCUGCCACCCAUACUAAGUUUUGUACGCCUCCAGGCUUGACUGAAAGUUCAAGGCCUGAAGUUUCAGGACCUCCAUCGGCUUCUUCAUCUCCUUCAUCUGAGUCUCGGAUGCAACAUUCAGUUUCUGGACCACUUACAGCUAUAUUAGCACCUGCCAUUGUUUCCACAUCUUCUUACUCUGGGUCUACACCCAUCUUAUCUCUUCAACAAAUGGUUCAAGGCUCCACACUUCCUCUGAUGCCUGCUCUAAAAUCAAACUCAUCAAUUUGUGACACAUCAGGUAGUGUUCAUUCUUCAAUAGCAUCAUCAUCAGGAAAGUUGUCUCCUGGCGUGUUGUUAUCUGCUGGUAAUAAACCUGCACCCGUGGCCCAGCAUGACUCCUUGCACACUGCCCUAGUGGUUGGUGCUGGUGGGGCCAUUGCAUCUGCAGCAUUAUCGCCACCACAGGGGCACAAUUCACCCUCAUCUGCCCAUGAGAGCCCCUCAGCCAGACCUCUCUCUGCCCUACCUCUACUAACCACUCAAGCCUCCAGGACUGCACCUGUUUCUGUCCCUCCUGCCUUGGCAACUGUGCAUCCUGCAUCAUCUUCUGAAGUGGUCCACAAGUCUGGGUCUGGGGAGCAUCCUGCCAGCUCGAUUCCUGUCAGUGUGCUUAAUCAGUUGCCAGACCACCUUUGUCAUGGCAACACAACGAAAGCCUUGGCACAUGAAAAAGGCACAAAGGCAGAAGAGGGUCCUCCUCAGCUUGAGGCACACAAAGAUACCGGCCCUCACAAAUCAUCCGAUCUUCCAGGACAACCAUUGCAGACUGAGCAACAGUCCAGCAAUAUGCAGCAGGAGCCCAUAUCCACUGGAAUUGUUGGUGACGUACUGAAGGCAGAGCAAGCUCAUUGCCCCAGUUCCGAACACCAGACAGUUGAAACAAGUUUUGAACACGCUUCACAUACUGCCUCCCAUUAUGGUAGCAACUCAGCUAGCAGCACGCUGACAAGAAUCCAUAUGAGCUCCUUCUUAGAUAUGUCCAGCAACAGCUCACGUAUACAUUGCUCUAGCAGCUUUGGCAACAGUGUUCACCUGGGCAACGACACUUCUCGGUUUGCCAGUUCUUCACAUACUGAUGAAGAAGAGUCUUCUGUGUACGACACAACUACAGAUGGCGGCUCCUUUGUCGAUUACUCCAGAGAUGACACACUGGACUCCACCCGUGAGCUGGAGCUAUCUGGGGCAGGGCAAUCCAUGCUGGUGUCUUCCCUAAACAGUACUGCAUUUGGGGUGUCCCAUCUAUGUUAUGAAGGUCAUGAUACACCAGACUCUAGUGCAGUUCGCAGAACAACAAUGGCAAUCGAGACCAUGACUUCACCGAGUUUCCGGAAGAGAGACGAGAACUUCAUCGCCUUCAGUACCCCAGCACAGAGCCCCGCUGUACACCCACUGCAGCCAGUCACUGAUCAGGUUUUGUCAGCCACUGGAGGACUUCUGAAAAGCCCAGAAAAACCUUGUAAACCUCAUUCUCCAAAGGCAUUAUGGAUGAGAAAAUCGGCUCCUGAAGAGGCCAAGAGAAAGCCCCGCGGUCGAACCCCAAAAGUGGAGAAGAUCAAAGCCGAAGAGGAGGAUGACGACAAUGUUGUGGUAGCCAAGGGAAGGCGGAGGAGGAGGGCGUCUGUCAAAGCAGAACCGGUCAUAGAAACAGCAGACAAAUGUGAAAAGACUGGGUCUACAUCUGAGGAGAUGGAUUCAAUCACAGCCACAAUCGAAGCGGUUCUUGCUAAUCCCUCUGCCAUCAGCUCGCCUUUUGACAAACCCAAGAUGAAAAGAGCCAGAAAACAGAACCAAGUUGGAAAGGAUAUGAAACCACCAAAGCAAGAUGCUGAAACAGCUGCCAGUGAUCCUGAUGACAAUGAAGACCAAAGUUCCACAACGGGUGAAUCUCACAGGAGAAGGGUGGCCACAGAGCAGCAGGUCCAGUUUCCGCUGAUGCAUGGAUGGAAGAGAGAGAUUCGUGUGAAAAAGUUGGAUAACCGCAUGAAGGGCGAAACCUGGUAUUACACACCCUGCGGAAGGCGAAUGAAACAGUUCCCGGAAAUUAUUAAGUACUUGAAGAAACACCAGGACAGCAUUGUCACCAGAGAACACUUCAGCUUCAGCCCACGCAUGCCUGUUGGAGACUUUUAUGAAGAAAGAGAAAGUCCAGAGGGUAUGAAGUGGUUUCUCUUGGCUAAUGAGGAGAUUCCCUCUAUGAUCAUGGCCAUCACUGGCAGGCGAGGUCGACCCCCAAACCCUGACAAAGAGAAACCGAGCAGGGCUCGUGGUCUGAAGACAGGGCAGGCCCGCCGGCCAGGUAGACCCCCCAAAGCCAAGAUGAUUGACUUCCUUAGUAAAGUGGACGCCAAGCUGUUGAAGAGACUUGAGUCAAAGGAAGCACUCACGGAGGAAGAAAAGGAGAAAAUGUCAAAAAUCAAGAAGAAGAUGAAGAGGAAGGCCAGAAUGAAGAGAAUGGAGGAGGUAAAGAUGAAGAAAAUGAGAGAAGAAAAAAAGAGAGCUAAGCAAGAGACCCAGACCUUGGAGGUGAAAGCGGGUCCCCAAGACCCGUCAGCCCUACAGCUCCCUGAGCCUGCAUCACAGUCUGUUGCUGAGCCCAGGAAGCCAGGUCGACGAAGGUCAGUCAAGGUUGAAGCAACCCCUCCAGCCCAGCAGACGGAUGAAGAGAGAAUAGCCCAGGGCAAGAGAGUACUAAGUGCUCGUAGUAAAGCAAAGGCCCUGGCCAAGGCCCAGGCUGAGGCAGAGGCAGCAGCUCGGGCCGACCUCGCAGCGAAAAGAACCGCGGAGAGGAGAGCGCAGACUCAGAGGCGACUGGAGGAACGCAAGAGACAGCAGCUAAUAGCAGAAGAGUUGAGGAAACCCACUGAAGACAUGUGUCUCACUGACCACAAACCACUGCCAGAGCUGUCUCGUGUGCCUGGUGUGGUUCUCUCUGGCACAGCCUUUGCUCACUGCCUAGCUGUGGUCGAGUUUCUUCAUGGCUAUGGGAAACUGAUUGGUCUCAAUGUACCCAAGGACAUCCCCAGUCUUGCUACCCUGCAGGAGGGUCUGCUUGGCUUGGGCGAAAGCCAGGGGGAGGUUCAAGAUCUGCUCAUAAAGCUGAUGGAGGCUGCACUCCAUGAUCCAGGCCUGCCAUCAUAUUAUCAGUCAGUAAAGAUUCUUGGCGAUAAGCUGGUUGAGCUCCAGCUGACCCGCAGCACAGUUUCUGAGGUUCUCCGCAUCUUUUUGGAAUCUCAUGGCUAUGAGACGGAGGUGUGCAACACACUGAGGACCAAAACCUUUCACGUCUUGUCACCUGAAACCAAGGCAGCUGUGUUGGGUUUUGUGGUGGAGGAGCUCAACGGAAGCAACAUUGUGACAAGUGACAUUGACAACACACUGGAAAACAUAUCAAACUACAGGAAGAACAAGUGGAUUAUUGAGGGCAAACUGCGCAAACUAAAGGCUGCACUGGCUCGUCGCACCGGGCGCUCAGAAGAACAACUUUGUUUAGAGGAAAGACGACGCAGUGCUCGGGUGGCUGAAGAGGACAACCUCAUUCUGGAAGACAGUGUUGUCUCAGAGAGAAGCAGUCGUCGUGGUCGCAAAGAAGACUCCAAACUCAGUGAUAGUGAAAGCCCUACCAAUGCCAGCAUUCCUGAGCUUGAAAGGCAGAUAGAAAAGCUAACUAAGCGGCAAGCGUUCUUCCGGAAAAAGCUGCUUCAGUCGUCUCAUUCCAUGCGGUCUGUAAUGUUGGGGCAGGACCGGUACAGACGAAGAUACUUGGCUCUCCCUCAUCUUGGAGGAGUUCUAGUUGAGGGUCCAGAGGAGCUUCUGACUUCAGGAGACGUGGUUAUAGCAGAGGUGCCGGUCACUUUGCUCAAGAAGGAGUCCAAAAUAGAAGAGAUGCCUGUCAAAACAGAAGACACUCCAAUGGCCACCACUCCUCCUCAUACUCUGCCUUCCUCACCUUCCUCUGCUACCCCUCAAGCCCAGACAUUAUCCCCGGAGGAAGACCCCCUGCCUGGCACAGCAUCCCUCAUGAGUAGCCAAAGAGGACGAGGACGGCCACGAAAAAUCAAACCUGAGGUGGAGCUCCACCUCCGCACUGCAAAAAUCCGGCGCCAGCGUCGAAGUAGUGUCAGGUCAGGGGGUGAGGAUAGGCCGGGGUCUCCGGUUAGCGCCUGUACUCAAGAUCUUUCACAGACAGCUUUCCUGAAUUGGCUCAGCCAAUCAAGGCAUGCAGUGCCCAGUGACACUAACACGACAGAGCCUCUAGAGGGCAGUCAACCGGAAGAGGCUGUGAAGGAUGCCGCAGAGAACCAAGGCCAGUGGUUCACCCUGCUCCCCGAACAACCAUGUGAUGACAACUGUCUGCCCUCCUCACCCCCUAAGUCCCCCUCUCAGGUGCAGAGUACACCACCCACACUUGCUGCUCCACUCAUGCAGUUGGACACACCCUUUACUUCUGUUGGCGAAACUCCUGCUGACCCAGAGAGGGAGGCUGCUACAGAGGAAGUACCCUCAACAUCAAUUAUUCCCGAUUGUAAGCCUCCACCCCUUCGUGCUGCAAAGCGAGCUCUGACCACCCCCGCCAGACCAGGUCGCAGGCGGAGGAGAGGCAGCAGAGGCAGUAGCCCUGCCCGCAGGGGGCCACGUGGGGCUGCAGCAAAACGCAGAGGUCGCCCUGCCACGUCGUCUUUCCAAGAUCUCGAGAAGCAGUACUUUACACAACUGGUGGUCAAGCCCAUCCCAGCAUCAAUGGUGCGUGGCUGGUGGUGGAUCAAGGAUCCAGAGGAGCUGUUUAGUACUCUGCAAGCUCUCCAUCCACGAGGCGUCAGAGAAAAAAUACUUCAUAAACACCUGGCCAAACACAUGGAGAGCCUAAAGGAGAUGUGCACCAAACCCAUCAAUGAUCCUAUGUUUGAGCUCAAGGAGGAGAAGAAGGAGGUGCUGAUAGAGGCUCUGCAACAGCCUUGGCAAGUCCAGGAAAAAGCAAUGGAGACUGACAUCAAUGCCCUCCAGUGGGUGGAGGACUUGGAGCAGCGAGUCAUGGCUUCUGACCUUCAUCUGAAGGCUCCUCCUCCUCAGAAUAUAGUCAAUGAUGCUGAGUCUAACAUUGAGGUACCAGCAAUGGACUUUCAGCCCUACACAAUCCCAGAGCCAGACUCCACCCGCGAGGACCUCCAGUACUACGAACAUGAUGCUGACCCACGUGAUGACUGGAUAGUACGAACCAAGAAGGAGUGGUCUGGUCUGCCUCGCAUCGCCACCCACCCGCUCGACUUGGCUGUGCUGCGCCUCGCCAAUCUUGAGCGGAACAUCGAAAGGCGCUACCUCAAGGAGCCGCUCUGGAACCCAGCUGAGGUGAUGCGCCUCGCUCCUCUCACACCAACCCCUGGAGAAGAACAACCCAUGGAUGUCAUCAGUCUGGAAAGUGAGAUCACCUCGAGGCUCAGAACAUGGAGGCAGGCUCUAGAUCGCUGCCGCAGUGCCCCUCAGCUGUGUCUGUGUUUGCUGCAGCUGGAGAAAGCGAUUGCUUGGGAGAGAUCUGUGACUAAAGUGACAUGCCAGGUGUGCAGGAAAGGCGACAACGACGAGUGUCUGCUGCUGUGUGAUGGCUGCGAUCGGGGCUGUCACAUGUACUGCCUGAAGCCCAAGAUCACACAGGUGCCUGAAGGGGACUGGUUUUGUCCAACCUGCGUUGCCAAGAACGAAAGCCAGUCAUCACUCUCCAAAAAGAGGACCAGGAUGAAAAAGAAGAGAUAUGAAGAAAACAGCUCAGAUGAUGACACAACACCACGACGGAGCUCAGGCAUGGCAACGCGGCACAAGGAGGCGGCAGCGGCAACAGUGACAACUGCAGCCUCUUCAUCCUCACGUAACUCAGCAGAAGGAGGGGCCGCCAAACGACGUCGCAUGACCACCCGUAACCAGCCGGACCUCACCUUCUGCGAGAUCAUCCUAAUGGAGAUGGAGGCUCAUGCAGACGCAUGGCCAUUCCUUGAGCCUGUUAAUCCACGCCUGGUGCCAGGGUACCGCCGUAUUGUCAAGAACCCCAUGGACUUCCUCACCAUGAGAGAAAGGCUUCUGCAGGGAGGGUAUUGCAGCUGUGAGGAGUUUGCUGCAGACGCUCAACUGGUCUUCAACAACUGUGAGCUGUUCAAUGAGGACACCUCAGAGGUGGGGAUGGCAGGACACUCCAUGAGACGCUUCUUUGAGAGCCGCUGGGCUGAGUUCUACUCGAACAAGGACAAAUAGAAGCCAACAACAUUCCUCCUGGUGGUAGAACUGAUAACUAUUGGUGCUUUCACCAACCCUGUGUUACUGCAAAGACUGUCAGGAGGCUCCUCCAGCUAUGUAUUUCUCACCUGUGAAGGUAUAUCUGUAUAGAGUUGGGUAUUUGUCUCUUGUUGUUUUCUCCACCGGCCUCAUCUUAAGGCCUGCAACUGAACUCACUUGAACUUGUUCUCAUUCCCAAGCAUCAUCCCUUUCCUUUAGUGGGUCCUCACUUCAACUCCUGUUUGUGCCACACCCUUUUCACAAGCCCCAAAUCGUAGCGAGGCAUUGGGUCGAGCCCCUUCUGUGGCAAUGACACAGUUUCAGGCCCCAAGUAUUUUACCUCUCACAUUUUUCAUCACUUUUUUUUUUUUUUUUUUUUUUUUUUUGCAGCCAAGCGACUGCGUAACGGACCUGCUUAGCAACCCACAACAAACACAUUGGA